AGUAGGCUACAGUCACUGGAGUGCGCGCUUUACCUGCGGAGCGCGGAGACAGAGGUGCGCGCAUCAGAGAGGAGGAGGGCGCAACAGCGCUUAAAUACCGGAGACAUCACACAUCCAGAAUCACAGCAUCACCCUGCAAACAUAAGCAACUGAUACACGGCAAAAAUAUGGCAAACGCUUACCUCCAAGGAGUAGAAAUCUCCGCUUCACAGUUCCUGGAUAUUUUCCAUCAUUAUGACAACGAUGGUAAUGGAUAUAUCGAGGGUAAGGAGUUGCAGAAUUUUAUCAAAGAACUUCAACAAGCACGAAAACAAGCCGGAUUGGAACUAACAGACAAAAUGAAGGCCUUUGUGGAGAAAUAUGAACAAAAUGCUGAUGGGAAAAUAGGUAUCAUUGAGUUGGUACAAAUACUACCCACAGAAGAAAACUUCUUGCUAUUUUUCAGACAACAGCUAAAGUCCUGUGCAGAAUUUAUGGAGGCCUGGAGAAAUUAUGAUGCUGAUCACAGUGGAUACAUUGAAGCUGAUGAACUUAAGAACUUUUUGAAAGAUCUGCUUCAGAAGGCCAAAAAACCAUAUGAUGAGAAGAAAUUAGAAGAAUACACACAGACUACGCUUAAGAUUUUCGAUUCAAAUAAAGAUGGAAAAUUAUGUCUGUCAGAAAUGGCAAGGCUGUUACCAGACCCAGAGAAUUUUCUACUCAAAUUUCAGGGUGUAAAAAUGGCCAGAAAAGAGUUCAACAAGAUUUUUGAGUUAUAUGACCAGGACAGAAACGGUUACAUGGAUGAAAAUGAGCUUGAUGCCCUUCUCAAAGAUCUUUGCGAGAAAAACAACAAGGUGCUAGAAGUCAACAAAAUCCCGAUAUAUAAAAGCGCCAUCAUGGCUCUGUCCGAUGGAGGAAAGCUGUACAGAACAGAAUUAGCGCUGGUGUUGUGUGCAGAGGAGAUGUGAAGCCCACCACAAUCCCCACGCCUCUCAUACCAUCCUAGAACCACACCCACUGUUCAUCUGUGACGUUUAAAGCAGCUAGAUCGUAUGCACAUUUCAGUGACCUUUAACAUUGACUUCACAUAGACCCACAAGCAGUGACUCAUCAUUUUCGAUUUGCUGUUUCUAUACGGUUUCUAAGUGUACAGAUUUUUUUAUGACGACACAGAUACGAAACUUAUGAACCGCACCAUGCGCACCACAGACAUGAAACAUCUUUAACAAAGAGGAAACACAGUAACAAUUGCCAUACGUACUUUUAAUAUCAAAAAUAUAUGCCAAGAGCCAAUAAUGAGUAUUCUUAUUAAUAACUUAUUUAUCUUACAACAUCAUAGCCGAAAGCAAUAAUGUCACACAGAAUGAUGAUUAACAUGGCCUGUUGGUGGGAUUUGUGUUAAACUUGAAAUGGCUAUAUAUACUUUUGUGAUGCAUGUUUAUAGAUGGCAAGUACUGCUCUUGAGGAUUUUACACUUGUCUACAAGGAAAGUAGCUAAAUUUUACUAGAAUUGGGUAAAGGGAAAUUAAGUCCUGGGUGUUAAUUGGCUUCAGUUUCCGAGAUACAGCUUCAGGUCAAAAUUGCCUCCAAAUAUUGUCCGAUUAUGCUCCAUAACGUUACCGCAAAAUGUAAUAAAGCAAGGAGAAUGGUGCCGCAACCAUCAUUUUACAGUUAUCAUGUAAAUUUUCAUGCUUUUUCAUAAAAAAACUGACCGAAUUGUUUCUAAGGAAAAAUAUCAUGUGACUGUUCCUUGGAAAUGUUAGGCAAUGACACUUUCACAAGCCGCCAAAUGUUUCUGUAUGAUGCGUAGAUCUGGCCAAGACAAAUGUUUCCUCACAAUUAAAGACCAAAGUGAAGAUACAUUUAUAAACUUUCAUAUGGUACCUUUUUCAUUGUUUUACUGUACUUUGUCGAGAGGUUACGAGGCAUCAUGAUCAUCAUCUGACACCCCCUCCCUCCCUUGUGGGCAGAUAUACCCGCCGGGGUAAAGAUAAUUGGAAAUCUUUAUCAUGAAGUAUCUUGAAAACUUUAGCCAAACAGCCCCUUUAUCACCUGUUUUGUAAUUUAUCUAAUCAAAAUAUGUUAAUUAACACACUUUAUUUUGAAGGUCAAUAGUUUAACACAAUUUUUAGACCAGUGUUAUGACUGUAGGCACAUGCCGAUUAUAAUGCAUCGCCCCAGUCCUGUCUCUGACCUUAUUUUGCACUGUUAAAUGACAUGUUCUUCUAUGCUGAACACCAUAGACACUGUGUAAGAAAAUAUUAAAAUUACUGAAAGACUG